AUGGCGGCAGAACAAGUGCUCGAUGGCGUCUUCGCCAUCAACAAGCCGUACGGUAUGAGCUCCGCCCAGGUCAUCCGCGACUGCAAGACCUACUUCAAUCCCUCCAAUGUAUUCAAGCCCAUGCUCGACCAAGAGAAGGCCACCCGCCAAAGGGAGUCGAAUUUCCAGCAAAACCGCCGUCGCAAGGUCAAGCGCGCGAUUGAGGUGAAAAUGGGACACGGCGGCACCUUGGACCCGAUGGCCACGGGCGUUCUCAUCCUUGGCUGUGGGAAAGGCACCAAGGCGCUCUCCAGCUUCCUCGGCUGCACCAAGACCUACGAGACAGUCGUCGUUUUCGGCGCCUCCUCCGACUCGUACGAUCGAUGCGGUCAUCUGCUCAAGAAGCGACCAUACGACCACAUCACGAAAGAGAAGGUCUUGGAGGCCCUGGAGAACUUCCGCGGCACCUACCAGCAGAUGCCACCGCUAUUCUCCGCACUCAAGAUGGAGGGUAAACCACUAUACGAGUACGCGCGCGAGGGCAAGCCCAUCCCCAGGGAGAUCCAGACGAGGGAGGUCACCGUCACGGAACUGGAGAUGCUUGACUACUACGAGCCCGGGACGCACACCCACUACUGGCCAACGGCCGAGGCCACCGCGGCGGAGAAGCAGUAUGCCGAGCAGCUGUGGCGCGUCGAGAGGGAUCAGGCCGCAGGCAAGACGAUGACGCCCGAGCAAGAGGAGGCUGACACCCAGGCGCUGGCGGAGCACGAGGACCUGAAGCGCAAGUUCGAGGAGAGGCAGGACGACCUGGUCAAGGAGCGCCAGGCCAAGAAGCAAAAGAAGGACAGCAACCAGCCUCAGACCCCAACCGGCGCGGACAGCAAGGAUAAGCCCACCUCGCCAGUCAUGUCGGGCGCACUGGGCGAGCUUCCACCCAAGGGCAGGGGCUCCGACCUUGUCCCACCCGUCCAAGAAGGCACGGCUGCCCCAUGGGAAGACAAGGGCCCUCCAGCCGUCAAGAUCCGCAUGACAGCCACGUCGGGCUUCUACGUGCGGUCGCUGGCCCACGACCUGGGCGAGAAGUUAGAUUCGGCGGGGUUGAUGACGGAGUUGGUGCGGAAACGACAGGGUGACUUCGUGCUCGGCGGGCCCAACUGCCUCGAGUACGAGGACCUCGCCAAGGGGGAGGACGUCUGGGGCCCCCAGGUCGAGGGCAUGAUCAGCCGGUGGAACCAGCCUGGCGGCGUCAAUGGUGGUGAGAGCGCGGCGCAACAGAAGGUCAAGGUGGAGGAGAAGCUGGCAAAGAGCCCGAGCCCCAAGCGCGAGGGCACACCUGAAAGGGCCAGAAGCCCAAAGAAAACUGAUACCCCAACGCGACGGUCAGCCAGCCCGAAGCGAGAGAGAAGCGGCAGUCCCAGGAACAGCUGA